UCGUCCCCAAACUUGCAACAAUCAACACCACGCAACCACUCAAUUGUCAUCAUCUGCAAUUCAGCCGGAUCGAGUUCCAGGUGGCCAUUGACACGGGUCAAGUCAAACCGCUAAAUUAGCUCCAUUUAUACAACCCAAGUUCACCUAAUCCUUAGCCCAUAAGGCCCAUCGAUUCAUUAGUUUUAGGUCUCCAGUCUCCCUCCUGCGCCAUCUCCGCCGUUGCUUCUAACAGGCCGGUUCUGACUCAGCCGCUCGAUCCCUCACAAUCGGAGACAAAAUCGAAGCUCUCAGGAGACAGAAACAGAGUAACAUCGCGAAACCUGCUCCGAAUUGGUCAGGGAUCGGGAAAUAGAUGGAGAAAGAAUUGGUGGAGUUGUUUGAAGCUGCGAAAAAGGCCGCCGAUGGUGCAGCGGUCGAUGGAGCUCCGAAAAGUGGGCCCAAAGUCGAUCGAUGUGUCGACGCACUGAAGCAGCUCAAGAGUUUUCCUGUGAACUAUGAUGUUCUUGUCUCCACGCAGGUUGCAAAACGACUUCGUCAUCUAACAAAGCAUCCUGUGGAACAGAUUCAGACCAUGGCUUCUGAUGUGGUCGAAAUUUGGAAAAAGAUAGUCAUUGAUGAAACACUUAAAAAGAAAAAUGGUGGCCUAGAUAAGUCCCCGUCAGUAAAGGUAGAGACUGUCAAAGUUGAGGAGAUUCAUAAGUCCGGGUCGAUAAAGGUUGAAAAGAUUUCGAAGUCUGGAAGUUUCAAAAUUGAGAAAGUUGAUAAAGGUGAUUUUACAAAUUCUGGGAGUGUUUCUAGGACAGAAACUGUUAAGGUUGCAAAGAAAGUGGGAAUUAUGGAUGAUGUGAAGGCUGAGAAGGUUUAUGUGAAGGAUGAAAAGAUACCAAAGGUGGAGAAACAAGCUUCUAGCAUGAAGAAAUCAUCUCAAGAACCUAAUGCUCCCCCAAAGCUGACUUCAUUGAUCAAAUGUGGUGAUGGUAUGCGUGACAAAAUUCGAGAGCUUCUUAUAGAGGCGUUGUCUAAAGUUUCGAGCGAGGCUGAUGAGGACUACAAGGAUGAUUUAAAUGCAUCUGACCCAUUUCGAGUUGCUGUAGCUGUAGAGUCCGCAAUGUUCGAGAAAAUGGGUCGGUCAAACGGUCCCCAGAAGGUCAAGUACAGAUCUAUAAUGUUCAACAUAAAGGAUCCAAACAACCCUGAUUUGAGGCGAAAAUUGCUCCUUGGACAGGUCAAGCCAGAGAGAUUAGUCAAUAUGAGCCCGGAAGAAAUGGCCAGUGAUGAAAGGCAACGUGAGAAUAGGCAAAUCAAAGACAAAGCGUUAUUUGAAUGCGAGCGCGGUGCUGCACCAGAAGCCACAACUGAUCAGUUCAAGUGUGGUCGUUGUCAGAAGCGCAUGUGUACUUACUAUCAACUGCAGACCAGGAGUGCAGAUGAACCAAUGACAACCUUUGUAACGUGUGUAAACUGCAACAACCAUUGGAAGUUUUGCUAGAGGGGAUUUUCUGUUGAAUAUUCAGUCAUAUGGAUUAGGUGCAUGGCUAUGCCAUGAAGUUCCAGCAUUCUCGAGCAAGAUUCAACAUUGAUUCUUGUGACAUUUGAUGUUCUGAAAAUAUCCAUCUAUGCAAAUUUAUUUUCUGUAGGAGCCUUUUAUCUGGCAUUUGUUGAGGUGUUUAGACUUUAGAUGUAGUGUUUAUGCCAAAGACUGGCAAACGUGUUUUUUCAAUAAGUUAAUAGGUUUUCUCUUGAUUGUUUUUCUAAUUUUAGGUUGUACCAGUUAUGUACUAGUUAUGAAGAACUUAUUUUAGGGAAGUCUAUAUAAUUUAUCUUGGACUAGGAGGAUGGCUGUUUUAACCCCUGUGCUGCCAGAAUGUUUGGGAUAUUUUUGUUGUGCUACAUUAUGUGUAGUUGACUAUUAUUUUUAGCAGCCAGAAUGUUAGGGAUAUCUUUGUGGUGUUGGAUUACGUGUAUCAAGUAUCAACCAAUGUUAUGAAUGGUGAUUGUUCAUUUUUAUUA